AUGGAGGGACAGACCCUUGGAAGCAGAGGCCUUUCAGAAAAGCCUGCAGCCACCAGCCCAGGUCUGUCCUCGCUGGGUGCUGUCUUCAUUCUCCUGAAAUCUGCGCUGGGGGCUGGCCUGCUCAACUUCCCUUGGGCCUUCCACAAGGCGGGUGGAGUGGCCCCCGCCUUCCUGGUGGAGCUGGUCUCCUUGGUCUUCUUGAUCAGUGGGCUGGUCAUCCUGGCUUAUGCUGCCUCCGUCAGUGGCCAGGCCACCUACCAGGGCGUGGUCGGAGGGCUGUGUGGCCCUGCCAUCGGGAAGCUGUGUGAGGCCUGCUUCAUCAUCAACCUGCUCAUGAUCUCUGUGGCCUUCCUCAGGGUGAUCGGGGACCAGCUCGAGAAGUUGUGUGACUUCCUCCUGUCCAGUGCCCCGCCGGCCCUGCAGCCCUGGUACACCGACCAGCGCUUCACCCUGCCCCUGCUCUCCGUGCUGGUCAUCCUGCCCCUGUCCACCCCAAAGGAGAUCAGUUUCCAGAAAUACACAAGCAUCCUAGGCACAUUGGCUGCCUGCUACCUGGCCCUGGUCAUCGUGGUGCAGUACUACCUCGGGCCUCAGGGCCUUGUUCGUGAGCCCCGCCCUGAACCGAGUCCUUCCUCCUGGACCUCCGUAUUCAGUGUCUUCCCCACCAUCUGCUUCGGAUUUCAGUGUCACGAAGCUGCUGUCUCCAUCUACUGCAGCAUGCGCAACCAGAGCCUGUCCCACUGGGCCCUGGUCUCUGUCCUGUCCUUGCUGGGCUGCUGCCUUGUCUAUUCACUGACAGGCCUUUACGGCUUCCUGACCUUCCGGACAGAUGUUUCCGCGGACAUCUUGAUGUCCUACCCAGGCAAUGAUGGAGUCAUCAUCGUCGCCCGAGUCCUCUUCGCCGUCUCCAUCGUGACCGUCUACCCCAUCGUGCUCUUCCUGGGGAGGUCAGUGAUGCAAGAUUUCUGGAGGAGGAGCUGCUGCCAGGUGUGUAUGCCCAGGGCCCUGGCCAACCCCUCGGGCCUGGGGGUCCGGAUGUCACUGACCGUCCUGUGGGUCGCCAUGACGCUCGCUAUGGCCCUGUUCCUGCCAGACCUUAGUGAGAUCAUCGGCAUCAUCGGCGGCAUCAGUUCCUUCUUCAUCUUCAUCUUCCCAGGUCUGUGUCUCAUCUGUGCCAUCAGCACCGAGCCCAUAGGGCCACGAUUUAAGUGCUGCUUGGAGGUCUGGGGAGUGGUGUCCGUGCUCGUGGGCACCUUCAUCUUCGGGCAGAGCACGGUGGCAGCUGUCUUGGAACUCUUCUGAGGGGUGGCCCAUGCCUGAGCAGGAUGGGGCC